AUGCUUUUCCUUCAUUUCGCCGCCGUGGUCAUUGGCUUCACCAGCGCCGCCGCGAACGCCUUCCCACUCGGUGCCAGUCCUCAACUGACCGAGCUCGCAAGCCUUCUGUCCGCUUACAAGAACCAAAAGAUCACCGGCUGCGAUCUCUCAGGUGCGGUCAUGCCCGAGACAAAUGGCACGAAAAACCUUUCUCCUCCAGAUGCGGGCACGAGCCUUGCACGCGUAGUCCUCGGACGCGGCGUCCAGAAUUAUACUUGCGCAGACUCACUCAGCACUACAAUCCCAGCGGCCAAUGGCGCCGUCGCAACCCUCUACGAUGCCUCUUGCCUGGCUGCCUGCAACCCGACGCUCCUUCACACCCUCCCGGACAUCAUGGUCAACCUCCCCAAAGAUACGAUUGCGGAGUCACUUUCCAUUGUCACGAGGAUGACCCGUCAGCCGAUCAUGGUCGGACACCACUACUUUGCGCCCAACAACACCAUUCCCGUAUUCGACUUUCGGGUGCAGAGGAGCGACAAGUAUCUGCUGGCGGGCCAGAGAGAUGAGGGUGUGCCAGCAGUCACAACGGCAUCGAAGGGUGAGAUGGGGGUUGGAUACGGCGCUGUGGACUGGCUCAGGAUCAAGGCGAUCCCGGAUAUGUCUGUGGAUUACAAAUUGGCAUACCGCAUCUUGACAGCGGGUGGUAAGCCACCGGCGACGUGUCAAGGUAUGGCGAAAGAAUUUAGUGUGGAAUAUGCGACUGAGUACUGGAUCUAUGCCUAA